GUGGAUUUUUCAAAGGAGACAGGCAAAAGAGAAAGGGUGGGAAAAUGUCUUGCAUGAUUCCUGCUAGAAAACUCAGCAUUGCUUGGGGUGAUGAUAAGCGCUAUUGGAUGUGGACUACUAUGCCUGACUCCAGGAUAGCAGUAACAUGGCAUUUUAUGGUGGAGAUUUUCUUCCAUCCGUCAUUGAUAACACUUCACUUCAGCAAAGUAUCAACAGCACAUAUCCAUGCUCUUCACUUAUCUGUCUCUUCCAUCAAAGUUCAGCUUGAAGCACCAAAUGCCUUCAUCUAUAAUACUGCAGUUAUUUUCACUUCACCUGCACAGGUUCCCUGAAGUUGCUAAGCUUCUUGAAGUGUGGUGGUUUGAUAUUUAUGGGAUGAUAAACACCAUUCAGCUGUCCCCAAAUACUCAAUAUGCAGCUUAUUUUGUGUUUCAGAUGAUUAAUGCGUCGGGAUUUCGGGACCUUCCUGUGGAGUUAUCUGUUGGUGUCAAAGGUGGCCGCAAUAGUACUAAAAUUGUCUGUUUGGAUUCAAAUAUGGAAGGUUGGCAGUACCACACAGUAGGAUUGCAACGUCCUAAUGUGCGAAGUGAUGGGUGGUUGGAGAUUGAGAUGGGGGAAUUCUUCAAUUCAGGCCUAGAAGUUGAAGAAGUCCAGAUGAAUGUUAAGGAGCUAAGGAAAUUGAAGAAGGGUAUCUUUAUUGAAGGAAUUGAAGUUAGGCCUAAGUAAAACUAUUAAGCAACAUUCCGUGAACUAUGCAAGGGGUCUUGCGUCUUGAUGGCAGAAUAUGUUUGAGGAUUUUCAACAUAUUAUAUAUGGUAGUACACAUAUUUUUGUGUAACAAACCGUUUCUUCGUAAUGUAUGAUGUAUAUGUACUAGUUUUAUUACUUGCCAUGGUUCCCUAUAUUGGGAUAUUUGUGUUUAUAUUUGUGUUUUGGGUAUGAGCUUACUACUGAUUGUGAUGUAAUACGAAUUUGCUUCCGUUUAUUGAUUUGUGAUUUGGAGCCCUCAAGCUCUGAACGCUGGGGACUGA